AUGAACCAAAUGGGUGAAAUAUUGGCUCUGGGUUUGCAGGGAAGAGAAGAGAGAGAAAGAGAAGCAGGAACGAUAGUGGAGUUCUUGAGAGAGAGAAUGAAUGGGGUCGAUCGAUUGAGAAGUCGGAAGAGUCUAAAAGAACGGCUAGGAUUGGGAUGCUGUGGCGCCACAUGGGUUUUCGGGCCAUCGACUGUAAGCGUCAGAGACGAUGAGGACGAUGAAGGCCCACAGGAGCAACUAAUAGGGGGUGGUGAUGUGGGUCAGUCUCCGCCGGAGACAGAGUCAGAUCCCGACUGUGUGGGUCAUAUUCCUGGUGCCUCAGGUAUGAACCUGGCGGCGGCGUUGGCCGCCGAACGACACUUCCGGGCGACCCAAGAAUCUGAUGGAGGUUUCGGCUCAAGCCCAAGUCCAAUAAGGCCCAAUAACAAUGGAUUUGGUUUAAGUCCAAGGCCAGCAAGGCCCGAUAUCAAUGGGCCGAGUGACGUAACUGCCGAAACAUCACCAGGGACACCGUUGAGAGUAUCGUUGAUGAGAUUGCUGGAAGAAUCAGACGGCUGUGAUGGAGAGACGGGGAAGGAGGAAAAUGGGGCGGGGAGUGAUUCAAUGUGCUGCGUGUGCAUGAGGAGGAACAAGGGCGCAGCUUUCAUACCAUGUGGGCACACUUUUUGCAGGGUGUGUUCAAGGGAGUUGUGGUUAAAUCGAGGGUCUUGUCCCCUCUGCAACCGUUCGAUUCUCGAGAUACUUGAUAUAUUCUAAGGCCAAGAUAUCCUCGAUAUUCGUGACCAAUUAGGGUUUGAUCGGAUAAUUUGAGUGAUUCAAUUUCAUUUGUAAGACCAUGAAAUAUUCGUUACAUAAUGUUGGUGUUCUUGUCACAUCUUAUUGUGUGUGUAUGAUUUUGGUACAAAUGUAAGUGG